GAUAAACAACCUUUCCCUCGAAUCCCCACAUCCCGUUACUAUUUUCCCAGAGUUUAUCAUGCCGUCCAUCCAUGACUGCAAAUGCGUCCUCGUUGUCGGCGCAACCUCCGGCAUCGGUCGCGCUCUCGCUCUCAGCAUCCUAGCUUUGCCCACAAAACCGACUGUUAUUGUGUCAGGGCGUCGUCAGGAGCGUCUUUACAGCCUUGCUCAACAGCACGCAGGCGAAAAUAGAUUGAAAACUCUGAAUAUGGAUGUCAAUGCUGACCCAGCAUCUUUAAAAGUAACAGUGAAGGAUAUUGUUGGUCAGUAUCCCAAUAUUGACGCGAUCAUAUUUUCAGCUGGUAUACAGCACCAGUUUGAUUUCACCAAGCCUGACUCAGUUGAUCUUGACAGUCAGUCGUCUUUACAAUACAUCUGUGCACCAUCUUCACCAAGCUAUUGCAAUACAGAACUUUCAAGCGAGCUAAAUACGAACUAUACUUCCAUAGUCAGCAUGAUAACAUUCUUCUUGCCACACCUCAUUCAGCUUGGAAAGCAAGGAAGGCCCACCUUCAUCUAUACUGUGACAUCAAGCCUUGCUAUUGUGCCAGGCGCUUGGGUGCCAAACUACUGUGCUACAAAGGCAGCCCUUCAUAGUUUGAGCCUGACUCUAAACGCACAGCUAAGGGAUUCAAACGUACAUGUUGUCGAGAUAUUCCCUCCCUUGGUUGAGUCAGAGCUACAUGACCACCAGGGUGUUGCAGACACGCUUUCUCGAUUCUGGAUGCCCCUCGAUGAAUUUACAAAGCUCACAAUGGAACGUCUGGAGAAUGGCGACGUUCAGGCCCCGAUUGGUCCAUCAGUCAGAAGCAGCUAUGAGCAGUUCGAAGAAGGAAAAUUGGAUCGAGUUUUCCAAAUGUAUGAGGGUCAGAAAAAGCAAGAGUCUCGUAGCUGAGUAGCAAUCCUGUAAAUUUUUGGGUUUCGCGUUCAUUAUCUCUGCCAAGACAAGGGUUAUGGGGAUGAGUAUCUUGAGAUAAGCACGGGCAAGUUCACGUUAGUCAAUGAACAGAUGAUGCUUUAGCGAAGAGUGAAACGCAGGGCCAGCAAGAAGUGCAACAUAUCGGGAUAAUGGGACCACAUCGUCGUAUGCACAACAGUUCGCCAUCCAGAAGCGCGCUCUAGAACGAACCUUGUCCUCGUGGUGAAAAGCCUAUCAGCUGUUCAUGGUUCAUGCAGGGUUUUAGAGUUUGUGCCACCUCGCUCACAUACGAUUAUAAGUUCCGCUAGGCCUCGGACCAGUCUUUCACUCCUGGAAAGUAAUCCGGUGUUCAUGGCUUUGACGGAAGACAAGGAAAUGGUAAUGAGUUGGCCGAGUGUUUUGGUCCGCCAAUGGCCACAGACUGUGGGAAACAUCGGUGCAACUUGACCUUCCUUUUCCGGAACUGGAAGAAGAGUGUUAUCACGGUCAUGAGUCCGCUCUUAACGUGUAAAUGUUACCAACCUUUACCUGUCAAAUGCACCUCUGACUGCGCAUCCACACACG